AUGAAAGGUAAACUUUCGCCCGCGUCCCGCGUCUUCAAUAGAAGGGUCGCGACACAGAGGGAGGAAGUGACGGAAGAGGGGGAAGACGGAGGUGGAGAGGGCCGAGAGGCGGCGGGUGGAAGGAGUUGGCUCCGCAUCAAAGAGAAGCUGCAAAAGAAGAAGAACCGGUUCCACCUGCAGAUGUCGGCCCGCGUGCCUCCGUCGACCCUGGGCAGCCUGCUGCUGGCGGUCCUGCAGGGCGGAGAGGGGGACCGGGACAGGGUGGGCCGUGGGGAAAGCAGGUGGGGGGGAGCAGCUGUCAUCUGCCCCGGGUGGGAGGAAGGGGGCGAGGGGUUGCUGUCUCACCUGCAGACGCACAGCGGUUCGAACUGGCAUUUGUGGGACAUCAUCAACCUGACCCUGGUCUCCGGGGGCGGGGACCGGAGAGGGGAGAGCAGGGAGGAGAAGAAGGAAGAACAGAGGGAAGAGGAGGCUUUGAAGAUCCUCUCCGCCCGUUUCCUGCGCUCCCCGUCCCCCAUCUCCUCCGUCCUCCUCCUGGGGUCCGACCCCGAGUGCCUCUCCGCCGUCUUGCGGGCGGCCCAGCGGCUGGCGCCGUCGCUGCCGUCGCUGCAGUGGAUCAUGGGAUACCCCUUGUCUCCGGAUUCCCUGCACACUCUCGGGGGUCCCCUUGGACUUUUGGCCUACGGGGAGGUGGGCCGCAAGCCCAUCAGCUUCUACAUCCGUGACGCCUUGCAGCUGAUUGGCCGUGCGGUCACCGCGGCGACCAUGGUGAGGCCGGACCUGGCGCUGAUUCAGAACAUGGUGAAUUGUUACGACAAACCAAACGGACAUGAGCUGCCCUCUUCGGGACAAUAUCUGGCCAGGUUUCUGUCCAACACGUCCUUUACCGGGGCCACGGGUUUGAUCCAGGUGGACGCCGGCUUGUCCCGGGUCCUCUCCUCCCAGCUGUUCCACGUCUGGAGCCUGAAGAGAGGCGCUCUCGGCCAGCCGGCCUGGGUGACUGUGGGCCAGUGGACCCGAGGCAGGCUGGAGCUAGAAGGGGGCAUCCUGGGACUGGUGGGAGGGUUCAGGAGCAGCCAGGGACAAGGUCUCGGAGCCGGGGUGAGGGGAGGCGACGGCCAGGGGGACAGUAACGUCGGAGGACGCUGGAGGCCCGGAGAAUCCGUCGAGGGACACCGGCUGAGGGUGGUGACGCUGGUGGAGCACCCGUUUGUCUUCACGCGAGAGGUGGAUGAGGAUGGACUGUGUCCCGCCGGUCAGCUCUGUCUGGACCCCAGAACCAACCGGUCCGACCUAAUCCAGAGCCUCUUCAACCAGCUGCACAACCCAAACACCACACUUGCAGACUGGGAGGGGAAUGAACUACCGGAGGACCUGAGGAAGUGCUGCUACGGGUACUGCGUCGACUUGUUGGAGAAGCUAGCCGAGGACAUGGGCUUCACCUUUGACCUUUACAUCGUGGGCGACGGGAAGUACGGCGCGAUGAGCGGCACGGGCCGCUGGACGGGGCUGGUCGGGGACCUGCUGAGCGGGACCGCCGACAUGGCCGUGUCCUCGUUCUCCAUCAACUCCGCCAGGAGCAGAGUCAUCGACUUCACCUCGCCCUUCUACUCCACCAGCCUCGGCAUCCUGGUUCGUAGCCAGGACACGGCCGCCCCUAUCGGAGCCUUCAUGUGGCCUCUCCACUGGUCCAUGUGGGUGGGCAUCUUCGUCACGCUGCAUCUCACCGCGCUCUUCCUCACCUUGUACGAGUGGAACAGCCCCUUCGGCAUGACGCCCCACGGCAGGAACCGGCUGCGCGUCUUCUCCUACUCCUCCGCCCUCAACCUCUGCUACGCCAUACUGUUCGGACGGACUGUCGCCACCAAGACUCCCAAAUGCUGGACCGGCCGUUUCCUCAUGAACCUCUGGGCCAUCUUCUGCCUGCUGGUGCUGUCCAGCUACACCGCCAACCUCGCGGCCGUCAUGGUCGGGGAGAAGACCUUCGAGCAGGUCUCGGGAAUUCACGACGACAAGCUGCACCAUCCGUCCCUGGGCUUCCGCUUCGGGACGGUGAGGGAGAGCAGCGCCGAGGAUUACAUGAAGAAGAGCUUCCCGGAGAUGCACGACUACAUGCGACGCUUCAAUCAGCCCACCACGCCGGAGGGCGUGCACAUGUUGAAGACGGAUCCUCCUGCCCUGGAUGCGUUCAUCAUGGACAAAGCCCUGCUGGACUUCGAGGUCUCUAUCGACGCCGAGUGCAAACUGCUCACUGUGGGGAAGCCCUUCGCCAUUGAAGGCUACGGGAUAGGCCUGCCCCAGGCCUCUCCUCUAACCCGUAAUGUGUCCGAGUUCGUGAGUCGCUACAAGUCCGACGGCUUCAUGGACAUGCUGCAUGACAAAUGGUACAAGGUGGUGCCCUGCGGGAAGCGCGUCUUUGCCGUCACCGAGACUCUUCAGAUGGGGAUCCAGCAUUUUUCGGGCCUGUUCGUGCUGCUGUGUAUGGGGGUGGGCGGAGCCUUGCUGACCUUGGCAGGUGAACACACCUUCUAUCACCUGGUCAUCCCCCGCCUCCGACGCACACACACGCUGCAGUACUGGCUGCACACCAGCCAGAAAAUCCACAGAGCCCUCCACGCCACGUACGAGGACGACGGGAAGGAGCUGACCGACCUCGACCAAAACCCCUCCUCUUGUAUCUCAGAGAACUGCACCCUCCACAGGAAGCAGCAUCAGCCUCCUCCCCCAUCUCCUCCCACGUCCCUCCCUGCUUCCACUACCGCCGGAGACACCUGCAACUCCUCACCCUCCCACGAGCCCAAGGAGAAGCGCGUGCACUUUGACCUGGAGACCCUGCACAGCUACCGCCUGCGCACGCACACCGCCUCGGUGCGCGGCAGGCCCGGCAUGGUCGGCCGCCCCGGCCUCGGCCUGGGAGGCUGGGGCCUGGGGAACAUGGGGGGUUUUACCUCCCCUCCGCGGAUUAGCCUGCAGGCCAACGGGGGCCCCGUCUCUUCGCUGGCGUCCGCGGGCUUAGUGCUCUCUCCCCUGGGGAGCAGGGCCGCUCAGACCAGCCUGUGGGAAGGGGAGCUCCAGGACCUGCAGGGGAAGAUCGAGACGUUCCGCACCCAGCUGAGAGAGGCUCUGGCCCGGAGGGCGGAGAUCCAGAGCAGCCUGGAGAGAGAGCGGUGCGGACUGGUGCGCCGGGACACCAGCCUGGAGAGGGACAGACAGAGGACGCACACCAUUAACACAGACAGAAGCAGCUCCACUCAGCCCAAACUCCCUGAGAGAGACAGGACGGGCCAACUGCAAACCCUGAAUAAUCAACAAGCGGGGCGGGACAACCAAUCGGGCGGCCCCUGGACCCUGGAGCACCACGGGAGGAGCAGCCAAUUGAACACAGUGAACAGUUUGGACAGAGGCAGAGGGAACCAGUUACGCUCCGUCAGCACUCUGACGGGAGAGAGGACUGUCCAAUCGCGCACUUCCGCCAGUCUGGAGCGAAGUCGAGUCAACCAACCGGGGGCCGGGAACGCGCCCGUCCAAUCGCGGAACACUUCGAGCCUGGACAGACAGAUGGCCAACCUGUCGCGCACUCUGAACACUCUCGAGAGGACCGCCAACCAAUCGGGUGUCGGCAGUGAGACUUGA